AGCAGGGGGAGUGGGAGAAGUGGAGGCGCUGGGAGGAUUGUGUGAAAGGAGUGCAGGCCAGCGAGGGAGACAAAAGAGGCUGCGGCUGUAUUGAGUGAGCUGGUGGUGUGUCCGUCUACGAAGCCCACAAGCUUAUAACCGCAUCCCCCCCACCCCCCCUUUCUCUUCCUCCCCCACCUCCUCCUCCUCCUCCUCCCCACGCUGGCCUUUAUGAUUCACACGGAGACAUAUCGAAGAAGGAGACCAUUAUAAGCACCGAAUCGUUGCAAGCGGAGUUGAGGACUGGAGGAAGAGAGAGAGAGAGAGAGCUCCCUGUGACCGGGUUUCCUCUCAUCUCCGCCCCGGCCCUUUGCUGCUCGUUGAGCUCGGCGCGGCGCGGCGUGGCGUGGCGUGGGGCUGGAGAUAUAAACCCAGAACAAAGGAGCCUUGAGCAGGGGAAGGAGCGAGUCGAGACUAGCUCUGCCAUUAUCUUUUUUUUUUCUUUUUUUUUUUUUGAAACCCGGCCAAAUGCCUCUGUGAGAGCCACAGCGGCACGUCGGUUCGCUUGGUGUAUUUUUUGUUUUGUUUUGUUUUUUUUCCGCGACGGAGGUCUUUGGGUCCGAAAACGGAGACAAACACAGGAAGGAGGAAUUAAAAACAAAACAAGACGAGACAAGACGCACCGGGAGACGAGCACGUCGGCGGCUACAAUGUUCCCCCAAAACCGACCAUCGGCGCCUCUUCAGCCACCCCCGGGGUCUUCAGCCUCAGUGGUGGCGGCAGCAGCUGCAGCAGCGGCAGCAGCCUCAGGGACUCCACAGUCACUGAAACUAACCUAUCCAGAAACUCUGGACCGCAUCAAGGAAGAGUUUCAGUUCCUGCAGACACAAUACCACAGUUUGAAACUGGAGUGUGAGAAACUGGCCACAGAGAAGACCGAGAUCCAAAGACACUACGUUAUGUAUUAUGAAAUGUCCUACGGCCUUAACAUUGAAAUGCACAAACAGACAGAGAUUGCCAAGCGGUUGAACGUGAUCUGUGCUCAGCUCAUCCCCUUCCUGUCGCAGGAGCACCAGCAGCAGGUGGUCCAGGCCAUGGAGCGCGCCAAACAGGUGACCAUGGGGGAGCUAAAUGCUUCGAUAGGGGUACGUGGGCUCCCCCCUCUGCCUCAUAGCCAGCAGCUUCAGGCUCAGCACAUCUCCCAGCAUGCCCAGGGCUUGCCAGUCGGCCCACACCCAUCAGGACUGCCCCACCCCAGCCUGGCGCUCGGCGGGGGCUCCGGCCUGCUCGCCCUGUCCGGGGCUUUGGGGGCCCAGCUCGCAGCCAAAGAUGAGAGGGCGCACCUCGAGGCGGCGGCGGCGUCCGCCGCUGCAGCCGAGCACCACAGAGACCGGGAAGCCGGACCAAGCUCCCUGUCCAACGGGGAUAAGGGUCGCCCAACAGACUACCUCAGCAACGGCAAGAAGAGGAAAGCCGAGGAGAAGGAGUUCAUGACAGACUAUGGCAGCGAUGCGGAUAAGAGCGACGAUAAUUUGGUGGUGGAUGAGGACCCAUCCUCCCCCCGCAGCGUGCAGUCCUACUCGUCGAGGGAGAACGGUUUAGACAAGAUCCCCCCGUCCCGUAAGGAGGGGCCCCCACAGGCCAGCCCCACCUCCCUGGCAUCAUCAAGCAGCGCUACCUCGCCCUCUCGAGGCAAAGAGCCCCCACAGAGAGAGAAGUCUAGCACUCCCGGUAUGAAGCCAGGGACCCCCAUGUCUCAGGAGUCCAACACCCCAGGACCAAGCGGCCCGCCACCGUUCAGACCUGGGCCAGGAAAGCCCGGCGUCGACCCGCUCGGUAAGCACGCCACGUCCGUGAGGCUAACGCAGCUUUAACGGUAACCCUGGGCCUGUGAAUAAGGUGACGUCCUCCAUCACCCCAAACUCUCACAAAGCAAUCUGCACACAGCACAUCAUUAAAAAUGGGAAUUCACUUCUG